AUGGGUUCCGACGAGGCCCUCACAUCCGAGGAGCAGUUGCAAAAACUACGGGCCGCCUUUGACCAAACUGACGGCAUCGUCAAGAACCACUCUUUCCAGAUCGUCAGCCUGCAAAAUCAGCUCCAGCUUAUGCAGAUGGCGAGGGCGGAAGAGGCCGAAGAGAGGAAGCGACUCGUCCGAGACAAUGAGCAUCUGACAACAGAGAUUGUAUACCUGAAAGGCAGACUUGCCAAGCUGGUUGUGGAAUUCUAUUAUGCGCAGGCCGCAGCUAGCCCUUACGACAGCGAAAAACAACGGAGCACGUCAUGGUGGGCUAACCGCCACAACAACAACAAUAAUAAUACAUCAUCAAGCAAGUUGAUACCGCCGCAAGAGGAGGAGGCACGCCCUCGAAACCGGGUUGUGGAAACAGUGGCGGAUAGAAUGCUGGCAGAGCAGAAAUCACUGCUACAGGAUUUCGCGCAGAUGAACCAGUAUCUAACUGCAGAAACAAGAGAUCAGCUUAACGAACUCGAUCAAGCCCACUUUUACGAUGCUCGAGAGAAUAUAACCGAUGAUAGUAAUAACAUCAAAACUGAAGGCGAUGAUGGUAGCUUCUCGCUGGAAGACGGAUUGUUGCGAGCCCCUUCGGCUGUGAAUCCUACGUGCGCAGCUCUAUAG